GUGGCCAGGCCACCUGGCACAGUUAGUUUCCUUUCGAUUUGAAUAACUCCAGAACGGGCGCUGACUCAGAGCUCACAUACUUGGCUCCACUAUAUCCCAUUAUUCCCGGCUUUCUUUUCAUUCCCUCUAAUUCCCUUCAGCUAUUUCACUUUCGUGUCACCCUUUAUCAUCAUCCUGGACUUUCCAUUUCGAGUUCUCCACGCUCCUUUUAAAAGGGAGCAGAUUCCAGCUGCUUCAGACAGAGCUGCAUCUUCCAGAGCUUUUGGUCCUGCUCUGACAUCCCUCACCCGACGGAAAGAUGAAGGUCUUUGCAGCUGUUCUGGCUCUUUUCCUCCUUGCAGCCUCCUUCUCCCAAACUUUCUCUGGCCCAGUUGGACCUGACCUCCCCAUCUGCUGUUUCAAGUUCACUCGCCACGAGCUGCCCCGGGACCGAAUCCUCCGUCACUACAGCACCAGAACCAGCUGCCCCCAGCCAGGCAUUGUGUUCGUCACAAGGAGAGGCCACCAGGUCUGUGCCAAUCCCAGUGACCCCUGGGUCCAGAGGUACCUGCAGAGCCUGGAGCAGAACUGAGCCAGGCAGGAUGGCAAGUGGAGCUGCUGUCCUGCACAAAUCACCUCAUCCUGAGCCCCAACCAUGGAGCAGGGACAACGGGAGCUGCAGGAGCCCAUGGCAUCUGCAGGUGUCUCCAAGGGACUGCUGGAAGGACUCCCCAGGACACCUCGUGUUGUUGGGGUUGCUGCUGCUCACCCUGAGCUUCCACAGACUGGGCUGUGACCUCAUCCCUCUGCCCUGACCCUCCACUGGUGGCCUGGCAAGGCCCAGGGGGCUGCACCUUUGUUAUGUUAUUUGAAAUUAUAUUAUUUGUUGUAUGGAAGUUACAGUAAAUUAUUUAUGGAAUUAUCAUAUGGGGUAGGCAGUGCUUUUUUUUUUUUUUAUGGGAGGGUGACAGGGAGGAUAUUUAUAGGAUGGUGACCCAACAUUAGAUGAUGAGUGGCCCUGGUUUGCACACGUGAACUCAUGAUUCUGGAGAAUAAAGAAUUUGGACAAAA